AGAAAGGGAAAGGUAGAGAGUGUUUGAAGUACAUGUAGCCAUAUAUUAAAGUCACUAUUUCUUGCAUGAACUAAUUUUUAUAUCUAUUUGUGGAUGACAAAUUGAGAAAAGAGCAGAAUCGCAAUAAAUUAGUACACGCUAAAUCAAUAACAUUAGCAAAUCACUGAUUAAAAAUACAUAACUUAAAGUGAUGAGAAUCGGCUGUUGUUAAAACUACAUGUGUAAUGCACGCGAUAUUGCAGGUUUAUGCUUUACAUACAAAAUUGUUGAAAUUGUCACACUGACCAGCUGUCAAAAAUGUUAGAAAAAUACGGAGCAGUAACUUCAAUUGACUUUAUUGUUGCUCGUGGGUGUGCCUAUGUUGUCAUGGAAACUCGCGAGGCUGCGGCUAAAGUAGUAGAUCAACUGAGAGACCCAAAAGUCCUUGGACAGAAAUGCAAAGUUGCUUGGGCCCCAGGACGUGGUUCUAAAGGGAAAGAGUUUGAUCCGAGUUGGGACGUGAACACUGGUAUCAGUAACAUAUCAUGGGACAAUGUGAAGACAAAGUCACAAGUGGAAGCACUGGGUAAUGGAGGUGUGGUUGAUACUAGUACACUCCCACCUCAGCUACGGGAAGAAGAAAUAGCUGAAGUUGAAAUGGAGAGUUAAGAACA